UGAAAGUCUCGACAGUAAAGAAAUAAUAAUAAAAGAAAUAAAUUAAAGCUAUAAUAGAAACCUUACCUUAUUGACAAAUAAUUAGCAGAUUCGAACCUAUUUUAUUCAAUUUUAAGAAGAAACUUAUCUCUAAAUUUUCGUACCAUAAAGUAUACAAGGUGCUCUUCGAAAUGAAACUAGAAGAUACUUUUUUCAUUUGCCCCGUUCAAAUAUAUAGACUUUUAAAAAAAUGACAUAUUUUUAAAAUUAAAACUUUAAUAACCUGUAAAAGACAUCUUUGAAGAUUAGCCACCAAAAGUUGUUCCUUCAAAGUUCUAAAAGUCAUCUGGACAUAACUUUGCUGAGCAAUUUGAAUUUAAAAAAUUGUCUGAAAAACUGUUUUUUUUUUUUAACAAAAUUGCAGAAUUUUUGAACAAAAUUGCAGAAAAAUAUUUUUUCACAAAAUAGCUUAAAAUCAAGUAAUCUUCAACUUCGCGGGAAAUGGUACAACCUUUUUUAUACGCAAACAAAAAUUUUAGUUGUUUAAUUAUUUAGUUGUUUCAAUUCAAAUGUAGACCUACUCAUAACAAUCGAUAGAGAGUAUGGCUAAUAAAUCGCAAAUAUGUACCAAAAACCUAAUUUCCGUCAGAAUUGUCGUUCUGCACCACGGUGAAAUGUAGCAUUGUGUGGUUUUUGUAAAAAUAAAAUCAGAUUUUGAUUAUGAUUAAGUAGGUUCUUGAAAUAUUUAAUUUAUAAUAUUUUGUUUUGUUCUCACAUUGUUUUAUCUUUAGCUUGAUAAAAUCGAAAUGAUAACCAUGUUCAAAUAACCAGUGAUAAAAUUGAACAAUCACUGUACUAUUCCAUACUAAUUUUUGAUUUUUAGAUCCCGAUAAAUAAUCGUUUGUUUAAUUUUGCAAAUUUUCGGUGCUCUGAUUUAUGUUUCAAAUUUCAAGUCUGAAGUAAAAUAUCUCCAUUUUUGACAGAACGAAAUUUGUACCUGUAAGCUUUGUUAUAAAUUUUGUAAUGCUGUACCGGUAUUACUCGCAUUUACAAAUAAAUUAAUUAGUUCUCCUGCUUUAUUUUUUCUCAUCAAACACUUCGUUUUUUUCUUCCACCUCUGGGAAAGGUUGAACCCCAAAGUUUGCCAGCAGUAGAAGGAGGUAGCACACAUUUUGUCACACACUCGCAGACCCUCCGGCAGCGUUAUUUUACGCAUGUUUAUCGCUGGCUCCAGCGUUCAGUACUCGAGAAAGAACUUUCCGAGGGGAUUGUUGAUCUUUAUUUAUGGGACAUUGGUUACAGCCGUGGCAGGUGAAGGAGCCUGGGGUUUUCCGGACGACAUGGUAAAUGAUAAAUGCGUGCUUGAUUGAAACUUGAUUACGCUCGCUUGAAGGUGUGUCUGUGUGUGUGCGCGCGUUCGCGUCAUUUGGCAGGUAGACAGAGUGCGUGUUUACGUCGACAUUUUUCAGAAUAAAGUUUGUUGAUGCAUGUUUGCUGUUGGCAAAUGGAGUGCAAGCCUCGUUUCCGCACUCGGUUUGGAUGCACGGGUGCUCGAGGGGAUCACAAAUAUUUCAUGUUUAAAGUUUACAGCCGUGCGAUACGUGCCAUACUGAGUACAGUGGAUUUCUUUUAAAAGGCCGAUUGCAUAUAUCUGAGCGACUCAUCAUCAGUUUGGUAGUCUAUUUUGGUAGUCAAACUUGGGACGUGAUGGCGCGAUAUCAAAAGUGGUGCUUUCUUUUCGCGGUGAUUUUGGUGCUUGCAGUGCCAUCCUCUAGAGGCAAUCGAAUUGUGAACGACGACUUGCUGAAGGCUCAAGCAACAUGCUCUCAGUAUCUCGGAAUAUCCGAAUCCAGAGUAGCACAGUAUAACAUCAGCAUCUAUCCAUCGGAUCGGGAUACGAUGUGUAUGAUCCGCUGCGUUGGAAUUCUCCUCGGUUUCUGGGAUGACGAAAAAGGUCUACUGAUCGACAACUCGCGGGAAUUUUUUCCUAACUCUGGUGACGUUGCGAAAUUUUCCCAAAAAGCUCUACAGUGUGUCGAGCGCAAGCUAGCCUCUUACGAUCCGUCGGACGCGUGUACCCGUGCGUAUUUCUCGUUCCGAUGUGGUAUGCAUCAGUCGGAACCCUGCAGUACUCCGGCUCCUAUUGAAAAACUGACUGCCGAACAGUUCAUCAGAGCGCAAGUCACCUGCGCCCGUAUCCUGCGAAUCCCACCAGAUCACUUAAAGUUGUAUAAGCAGGGUAUCUACCCGGAUGAUGCUGAAACGCGCUGUCUGUUCCGCUGCUUCGGUAUCCGAACCGAUCUGUACAGUGACAGCGAGGGUCCUAACUUGGAGCGGCUGCACGCCCAAUUUGCCGAAGAUCAACCGAUCGAAGAGUUCAAAGCUCGCGCCCGACAGUGCAUGGAAGCGAAUCGGCCAAUGAUUAACGAUAAAUGCACAGACGCCUACCGAAAUCUGUACCUGUGCUUUAAGGAGCACUUCAAUGCGUUCACCCUCCGGAAUCGGCAGGUGCUUAUCAACACGGCAACCGCCAUGCCGACCCUGCCAGCAGGACUGGUGGAACAGAGGGAAGCACCGACUGAGCUGUUACUGUAUAGUGACGAUGAUUAAAGUAAUAAAAAUUACGUUUAUGUUAAUUUUUUUCGCAUCACUGAUUUGACUUCCUCUCGCCCAAUCAUUAAUAUGUUAUUUUCCGGUUGGAUUUGUCAUGCACAAUUUGACAGCCAGGAAAAAUUUCAAUUUUUCGCCAAAUCAUCCAACCCGAUGGCGAUGCCGAUAACGAAGAAAUUGAUUACUUCAAUCAGUCCGGUUUUAUCGCCCACACAAAUAGUCUGUGCUUCACACGAAAAACCCAAACUUCUUCCUACUUGCGCACCUGUGCGGAACGACGAUGCGAGCAUUCUUUUGAUCGGGAAAUUCGCCACUUAAUUGAUUUCGUUCCUUAUUCAGGUCACUUAUCUGAAGCAGCUAUCAUUUUGUUUUCUUUGACCCAAUACAGAUUAACUAACGGUAUUCGUUCUUUUUUUAUGUGCGAUAAUCUUUCACCUCAAAAUUUACGAUAGGUUUUAUUUUGUCUCGCGCCGCAAAUUGAUUGAGCAGCAAUUUGGAUUUUUACGACCGACAACAAAGCAACAAGGUGGUGCGAUCAGUUUUGAGUUGCCGGGGAGAAAUAAAAAAACAGCAGCAGCAGGGGACGCAUGGCCGUGAAGAUUGCUGUUAUCGCCCAUCAUCGCGAGCGAGGCUUUGGUAUUCCGCUGGGGAAAAGUUUUAUUUUUCGCUCCAGUCAAGUUAAGCGCUAGUGGAGUGAGCGACAAAACUGCAAACAAACGCUGCUGGCGGUGUUUUCCAUUGUUUUACAGUGAGGAUUGGUGCGCGUCGGUGUUUGCAAGAAACGUGGCGGAAUCUGACGUGACAGUUAAUUGCAAUGAUUAAUUCAUUCUGUUCUUGUUUGCUGUCGCUCGACCGCGGCGGAGAAGCGGAAAAGUACUGCUGUGUACAGUUGAACUAGUUAACCAAAUCAAAAUUAUGACUUCUCAACAUUAUUAGAAAUUUGUAAUUUGAAUUGUUAGGAUUUGCUUGCUUUCGCAAUUUGAACUCAUUAUUUAUAGGAAUUUAAACCUGCUUGUCAAAAAAAGGAAAUUAUCUUGCAAAUUACCGAACUGUUAACUUAUUGGCUAUUGAGAAAGCUUAUCGUAACAAUUGAGGAACCAUUUUAGGUUGUUUGUCAGAAACUAGAAGUCACCAUCUCGAAUUUAAAAAUGGUGUCUGGAGUGGAUUUCCGGUCUUCCGGCAUUAUCUUGAUUUCGGAAAUACCCAUAUUGGACGGUAUUGAGCCUCGUUUCAAGGCCUGAUAAUCGCAUAGUCAUAGUCAUGGUCCUUGUUCAUUGUACAUCACACAAUCACAAUGUUAAAAGUAUUUGAAAUUGGACAAUUUCCGUGACGCUCUCAAUAUUGAUAUUUUCAAUUUGCAUCCUUUGUAAGAAUGUUGCGGGCUUUUAUCAAGAUUCACCUAUAAAUGUAUACAUCGGGGUGACGAUAUAUGACUAAAACUUGCCUCAAAACGGUCAAAGUUUAACUUCAUUGACCGAUGGAAAAAUGCAUAGAUAUGGUUCCUGAAAUGAGAUGACGGAGUUUCUCAGCCGAAAAUUCUCAGAAAGUUUUUUUUAGCUAACACUAGAUCUCGACGUUUAAUGUAUUUGGAAGACAUUUGGCAUUAAAAAAAAUCGAUAUCGAACGAAUGUUUUUCUCUGCAUAAGUCGAAAAAAAAAAUUUGAGGCACCACUUUCCCAAGUCCGAUUGAGCUGAAGUUUUGUAUGAGUACAAUGUUCGAGAAUAUAAAGUUGAUUUUAGUUUUUACAAACUGGAAAUUAAUAAGAUUAUGCCUUCUUUCUUAUUUUAUUCAGGAGCAGAGAAAAAGAAUGACAUACAGAUGAAAAACGCAUAUUUUUUGAUGAAAAAUAUUAAUAACUUUGAGUAAAAUUGAGAUACUUACGAUGUCAGCAUUGCAAAUUGUUUCUCUUAAAAAGCUCUAAAAGUCGUUCAAAGACGGUUUUGAGAUGAAACUUGAAAUAAAAAAAAAAGUUAAAGCGUAAAAUAUAUUUUUUCAAUAUAAAUCGGUUGUUUUCAAAGAUUGAGAAAACUUUUCUUUACAACGUCACUUAAAAUCAAUGGAGCUUUAACAUUGUAGAACAAAUUUUUCUUCUAUCUACAAAGAUAAAAAAAGGUUAGAUACUUGAUUGCAUUGAAAAUGUUGGUCACCCUAAUUUUUGAUAAUUUUUCAAUGAGCGCAUUAUCAUAUGUAACAACUUUGUAGAAGAAAGUUUUUCUCUAAAAUGUUGCUAUAGAGCUCUAGACCCAAAUUUCCCCCUAAAUUUGGUUUCUGGACCAUUGUGCAGUGUUACAGAACGACAAUUUAGGCGGAAAUGGGGUUUCAAUUUUGUGAUUUUACAGCCAUACUUUCUAUGGAGAAGUUUCUUCUUAUGAAUAGGUCUACAUUUACACUGAAAUGAAAAUUAGGGUGGUCCUUGAACCUGCAAAAU